AUGGCAGCCAGUUGGCUACCGCCCGCUCAGCCGCAGUUUGGCCAGGCCACUCCAAACGGGAAGCAAUAUCUCACACCAGACCAGAUCGGUCCCGUGCUUUUGUCGGGCUGUCUGCCUUUUGUCGUGGGUCUCUGCAGACAACCUAACCUCCAUCGGGUAGACCAGAGCCCAGACCAGAAACAAUACCAAGCCAUACGAGGCCAGAGUGGCCAGGGCGGCCUGGCCAUACCACAAUGGGAACGAUGCUGCCAUUGCUAUGCCAUGGGGCCGUAUUUCUCGUGGAAAUGA